AUCCGUGCCUUUCAUUGGACACAUGAGAAAACCGGCUGCCCUGGGGUUCAAAACAGGCGGUGACAGUUAUGAUGCUCGUCGUCCAGGCUACACAGAUGAAUCUGUUGAUCUCAUUGUGUCUGAGAUCAUUGCUACCUCAGAAGCAGCUAAAACACGAGAUCUGAAAUAUGACGUACUAGAACUUGCAUCUGGGACAGGAAAAUUGACUGAGAGCCUCAGCAUGAAGCUGCCGAGUCAUAUGAAAUACCUGGCCACAGAGCCAUCUGAAAAUUUCCUCAAGAUCUUGAAAUCUAAAGUUCUGAAUGUUGAUGUUGCCAUGGCCACUGCUGAUAGCAUCCCUCUGGUAGACAACGCCGUAGGUAGUGUUGUUUGUGCUCAUAGUUUUCAUUGGUUUUCCGGUAUGGAAAACCUAAAAAGUAUUCACAAUGUUCUAAUACCUGGAGGUAAACUUAUACUGAUUUGGAACAUGAAACAGUUUGGUCAUGGAUGGAUGUCUGCAUUCUACGAACAGAGGCAAGAGGUAGUUAAAAGGAUUGGUGGGUCAUUGAAUGAUUUGUUUAACACCAUGCAAUGGCGCAAGGACAUAGAUACAUCAGAGGAUUUUAAAUUACUCUGGCAUAAGUCACUUGCUGGUGUCAAAUUUCAGGGUGAUAUUGAAAAAGUUUUGUCACACUUGACAGCCGUUUCUUACAACCUGCUUCCAGCAGUAGAACGGGAUGCUUACGCCCAUCAACUUCGACAGAUUUUAAUAAACUGGCCGGGUCUGGACUUGAACAACAUUACCGUACCUUAUACAACAGAGCUCUAUGUUUUCAUUGCUCAAUAG